AUGGCGGACCAUUUCAGAAUCUGGACCGAUCGCAAGAAUAACUCUGUCGAAGGCCACACUCGCACUGGCAUCCUCACCUUUGAGAAUAAAGUUAUUUGGGGGCCUGUGAAUUGUCACGACAACACGGAACGUCUGCGAGUCGCUCUCCAUGAGGCGGAUCACCGCUUUGACAUGAUACUUACCCCGAAGCAGAACACAGUUGAAGGACACACACGCUUUAUUAGCGUUAGGAAUUCUGCUGGCAGAGUUACUCUGGACAGACUCUCUACUCACGACAACAUGGAUACCCUGGUUGCAGCUGUCAAUGCCGCCCGAGCUAUUGCUGGUCCGCCUGGAUAA